AGUUUCAUUCCUUGGUUUAUAAAUCGGCAUCAAGAAACCCCAUACUUUGCACAGAGUAAAGCAAAUCCAAAGUAACAAGAAAUCAGUCAGUGAAUAUACUUAUGAUGAAGCUUGAAGAAGCUCUUCAUAUGGUUGGUGGUGGAGGAGAGACAAGCUAUGCUUCAAACUCAAGGCUUCAGGAGAAAGCCAUAAUAAGAACAAAGGACAUAGUGUAGAAAGCUUUGAGGAGCAUCAAUGAAGAAGUUGUGGCACAGAGCUUGGUUGUGGCUGAUUUGGGGUGUUCUUCAGGGCCGAAUGCAUUCCUUGUGAUAUCUCAGAUAAUUAGUGCAGUAAUGGAAGCCGGAUGUCAAAAGGAGAUAAUGUUUUUGUUGAAUGAUUUACCAGGCAAUGACUUCAAUACAAUAUUCAGAUCACUGUCUUUUUAUGAGAAGAAGGUUAAAGAAGAGAAUGGGAAUCGAGUGCUGCCUUAUUUUGUUGCUGGUGUUCCUGGUUCCUUUUAUGGAAGACUCUUUCCUCGCAAUAGUCUUCAUUUUGCUCACUCUUCUUAUUGUCUCAUGUGGCUUUCUCAGGUUCCAGUAGGAAUUGAGAAUGGUGGGGUUAAUAUUAACCAAGGGAACAUCUACAUCUCAAGAACAAGUCCCCCAAUUGUAUUAAAGUUAUAUGUAGAGCAAUUCAAGAGAGACUUCUCAAGCUUCCUCAAGUGUCGUUCUCAAGAACUUGUCAAUGGAGGACAAAUGAUUUUAUCCUUUUUGGGCAGGAAAAGUUCUGAUCCAUCUAAAGCUGAACUUUGUCAUUUUUAUGAUUUGGUAGCCGAUGCACUCAACUCCAUGGUUCAAGAGGGACUGUUGGAAGAAGAGAAGGUGAACACAUUCAACAUGCCAUUGUAUGCUGCAUCAAAGGAAGAAGUGCAACAAGUGAUACAAAGUGAAGGAUCAUUCUACAUUGAACAAAUGCAAAUCCUUGAAUCAAACUGGGACCCAUUUGAUGACUCAGAUGAUGAUAAAGUCUUUGAUAAUGUGAUGAGUGGGCACAAUGUGGCCAAGUAUAAAAGAGCAGUGUUAGAACCAUUACUUGUUCGGCACUUUGGAGAACAAGCCUUUGUUGAUCAAGUGUUCGCGAGGUAUGCUCAAAAUGUGGCCAUGCAUCUCCUCAAAGAGAAAACCAAGCACAUUGUCUUCAUCUUGGCUUUGAAGGCAAAGUAUCUCAACAAUUAACUAAUUCUUCAAUGCACAUCCAUUAAUGCUAUAAUAAUCAUUUAAAAUAAAUGGCAUCUUGUAAUUAAUGAUACAAGUCUGCUUG